AUGAAGCUCAGCGUCAUUGCGCUUGCCACGGCGGCCCUGGCUGCCCCGGCCUCCAAGAUGGUGGUUCAUGAGUCGAGAGAUGCCACUCACGUUGGCUACACCAAGGGCGCUGCCGCCGACUCCAACACUCGCGUGCCUGUCCGUAUCGCUCUCAAGCAGCGCAACCUGGACAAUGCCAUGGACCUGCUGCUGAAGGUCUCCGACCCCAACUCGGCCGACUACGGCAAGCACUACACCGAGGACCAGGUCGUUUCCACCUUUGCUCCCGAGACCGAGACGGUCGAUACCGUCAAGUCUUGGCUGGUGGCCAGCGGCAUCCCCGCCGACGGCAUCAAGCUCAGCCAGAACAAGGGCUGGCUCACCUUUGAGACCACCACUGGCAAGCUCGAGACUCUGCUCGACGCCAAGUACAGCCAGUACAGCCACCCUACCCGCAAGGGCACCUACAUCGGCACCGACACGUACAAGCUGCCCAGCUCCGUCGCCGACCACGUCGACUUUGUCCAGCCCGCCGUCGCCCUCGGCGCCCAGGACAAGAUCCAGCGCAAGCUGCCCAGCGUGCCCUUCUGGCCGCUCGACCAGACCCUCGCCGUCAGCGCGUCGACCUGCCCGACCAAGAUCACGCCGACCUGCCUGCGCUCCAUGUACAACUUCAGCCAGGGCACCCUCAAGGACGCCUCCAACGACCUCGGCAUCUACGAGGAGGCCGGCGAGCAGUACAUCCAGUCGGACCUCAACUCCUUCUACGCAAAGUACGCCAGCUACGUCCCGCGCGGCACCGCGCCCAAGAACGCGCCCGUCAACCAGCAGUCCGGUACCCAGGACAGCGGCGAGGCCGACCUCGACUACGAGAUGGCCGUCCCCAUCAUCUACCCCCAGGGCACAGUCAACUACGAGGUCGGCGUCCCCGACGACGCCCUCAGCUUCUUCGACCCUCUCCUCGAGGCCCUCGACGGCUCCUACUGCAACGACAGCGGCGAGUGCGGCAAGUACAAGUCCACCAACGUCAUCUCCAUCUCGUACGGUGUCGACGAGGCCGACUUUAGCGCCAGCUACGUCAAGCGCCAAUGCAACGAGUGGAUGAAGCUCGGUCUUCAGGGUGUCUCUGUCCUGAUCUCCUCCGGAGACUCUGGCGUUGCCAGCCGUGAGCGCGAGUGCCUUGGCAGCAACCAGGACGUCUUCGUUCCCGGUGUUCUCGGCGGUUGCCCGUACAUCACCUCGGUCGGCGCCACUCAGCUCCCCGCCGGAUCCAGCCCCGGCGAUGCCGAGACGGCCGUCAUGGACCGCUUCUCGUCCGGUGGUGGUUUCAGCAACGUCAACGCCGCUCCCGACUACCAGAAGGCUGCGCUCGCCACGCAACACGACCCCGGCUACAAGUCGUACAACACCACCGACGGCACCAUCCCCAACAACGGCGGCAUCUACAACCGCGCCGGCCGCGGCUACCCCGACGUCUCCGCCAACGGCCUGUACGGCGUCGUCGUCGUCAACGGCCGCGAGGGCACCAGCGGCGGCACCUCCCAGUCCGCCCCCAUCUUCGCCGCCCUCAUCAACCGCAUCAUCAACGAGCGCAUCAAGGCCGGCAAGCAGGGCCCCCUCGGCUUCCUCAACCCCACCCUCUACCAGAAUCCCGGCAUGUUCAACGACAUCACCUCCGGAGACCAGCACCUCGGCGGUCCCAACGGCGACGGCGCCCCCAGCGAGUGCGGCAACAACGGCUUCUCCGCCGUUCCGGGCUGGGACCCCGUCACCGGCCUCGGCACUCCCAACUACGCCAAGCUGCUUUCUGUAUUCCUCAAGAACUAA